UCACUAAGUCUCCUGAAGUGUUUUUUAUUUAAUUUUUGCAUUGAUUGUCGUUUCCUACGAAAGCUUUCGAUCGUUUUUUGAUUAUAUUAAGUUUGGCUUCAGACAAGAAAACUUGAGCUAGUUUUGAGAUACCAUGAAUUCAGUACAGCAGCAAAUUCUUGUUCUCUGUUUCCUCAUGAUCGUAGUAUUCACAAAUUUAGCAACAACUGUUACAGAGGAACAGAAAACAUUUGAUAAAAGAAAUGAUGGUGCAUCAAGGUCUGUUCAAUAUCAUGAGAAAAAAAAGCCUUCUGUUUCACCUUCAGAGUUAAACAAAGUAUAUCAGUUACUCAAGUUAAAACAGAAAGUUCUCAGUCGUAUCAAAGAAAAAGAUAAGAUUCAGGAAACUGAAGGGAAAAAUUUUUCAACUGAAAAACAACAGAAACAAUAUUUGUUCAAUUUGUACAUGGAUGAACUAGUUUCAGCAGAAGAAGGAAUUCAUCUUGCAAUUUUAAGGCUUAAUAACAUCCUCAAGCUGGAUUUCCAAAAUUUGACAAAAGUUCGGAACAACUGUGAAACGCAUUUACGUCUUCUUCAGGAGGCACUUAUCAAACAGCAGAUUAUGCUGAAUGAAGUGUCCAAAGUUGAGAACACACAUAGGGAUAUUCAGGAGAAGAAUACUUCUCUGCAUGUGCAUGGUUAUGCUGAUGAGUUGCUACACAACAUUGCUGUUGCUGCAGACAAACUAGAAAGUCAGAUGGAAGAUAAUAUAUUUGAAAACAUAUUGCAAGGCUCAGAAGUGAAAGCAUCAAACUUGGAAGCUGUUGUGAGAGUUGGAGAAGAUGACACAAAAUGGAAUCUAAAAAAAAAUGAAGAAACGCAGAAACAACAUGAGAAAAAAUCUGGAAAGGAUGAUUUACUUGUAGCCCCUGAAAAGCAUGAAGAACAAGAAGGAAUGAUUUGGCUUAUUGAUCCAAAGAAUAACCGUUUUGUAUUAGCUAGAGGCAGUGACUUAACUAUUCCUCUUGAAGAUAGACUUCUAAUUCGUGACAUUGUGUUUACAGUUGUAACAUCAUUUCUGUUCAGCUGGCCAUGCCAUUAUCUGGGGAUUCCAUCUAUCAUUGGCUACAUUUGUUGUGGAUUGAUUCUUGGUCCAUCAGGCAUCAAUAUAUUAAAGAGUUUAGUACAGUUGGAAACUCUUGGAGAAUUUGGGGUCCUCUUUAUUUUGUUUGUGGUUGGACUAGAGUUUUCUGUAGAUAAAAUAAAAAAGCUAUGGAGAGUUAUUUUUGUCAGCACCAUUAUAAUAUCAUUAAUUUCCAUUUGUCUGGGAGUCCUUGUUGCAGUGCUAGUAGACCUUCCAGUUAAGCAGUGUGGUUUCCUUGGUGCUUGUGUGUCUUUGUCAAGCACUCCCCUUGUGAUCAAAUUUCUUCAUGCUGGAAAAGAUAAAGUAGAAGGCCCAGGCCAAGUGGAGAUGGGAUAUGGCCCUCCACUGAUGGGAAUCCUAAUUGUUCAAGAUAUGCUUCUUGGAUUGCUGAUUGCUCUUCUACCCAUUCUUGCUAGUCAUCGUAAAGAAGAUUUGUCAGUUUUAGCAUAUUUUUUAGCCACCUUAAAAGUAAUUGCAGCCAUCUGUGUUGUUUUAAUCCUCAGUACAUUUCUUGGACUGUUGCUUGUACGGCCUGCACUUUUGCACAUCAGUAAAUAUAUGAACAAGGAAACCCUUCUUCUGGGAGCUGUAUCUUCUGCUUUUAUUAUGUUAAUGGUCACAGACACAUUCAAAAUAUCUAUGGAGUUGGGAUGUUUCAUAUCUGGUGUUGUUCUUACCUCACUGUCACAUCCUCUGGUGGAAGAAAUAAUCACCAUUGUUCAACCUGUGAGAGACAUUUUUGCAUGUUUGUUUUUUGCUACAGUUGGACUACAUAUCUUUCCAUCCUUCUUAAUCUAUACUGCCUCAAUUAUUUGUUAUUUUACGAUAGCAGUAGUUCUUGUGAAGUUUUGCAGUAGUUUUCUUGUUUUGAGAAUACUACUUCGUCGCCGAGGAUGGGCCAUAAUAUGUCUGGUUUCAGUAGGACUCGCUCAAGUCAGUGAGUUUUCUUUUGUACUUGGAAGCCGAGCUCGACGAUUGGGCUUAAUCUCUAGAGAGGAAUACUUACUUCUGAUCAGUGUUACCACGCUAAGCCUACUGUUGUCCCCAGUAAUGUGGAAGCUGACAAUAUGGCUUGUUGAGACGUGGAAUAAACAAAAGUGACCAACUUUUCUAGACAUAUAUAACAUAGCACUUCUGGGUGUACCACUAAGUAUUGCAUACAUACUAUUUCACAAACUCACAGUCUGUUUUUUCAGUUUUAGAAUUGUGAUAUGCAUGUCACGUAACAUUUUAACAUAUUAUGAUGGAAAAGUGUAUCAAGGAUGAUCAAUCUAGUGUUGAGUGAAACUUAUUUUUACUGCUUCUGUUGUCAAACUAUAUAUUCUAAGUGAGUCUUUUAAUUUAUUAAAAUCUAAUGUUAUUAAAUUAAGAAUUUUAUACAUGCUGUUUUUAAAUAACUAUUAUUUUUAAUUGUAUCACAUUAUACGAUAUAAUAGUAAUGUAAAGUUCUGUUUUUGUAAGUUUAGGCAGUGUGUUCAACAUGUGGACUGAGUCUUCUAUGGACUUCUGCUGAUUCUGAGAUGAUGUUUUGGGCUUCAAGCUAAUCUGUCAUCAGGUCAAGCUUAGUGAAAGACUCAGCAUGGAACCCAAAGUCUAGUUUCAGGACCAUGAAAAAAAAGGCACAAGAAGUCUAUAGAAAACUCAAUUUAAAUGUAAAGGCUGAUGUUUUAACCAAGGGCAUUUAGGCUAUUUUUUAUGAAUAUUUUAAAUAUUCUAAUGAAUAUAAGUGUAAGUGUUUGUAAUGUGUACCAUAAGCGUUUGUUUAAAUAAAGAGUUGUGUAUAUUUUUUUUAAGAUAAUGUAUAUUCUUAACAUUUUAUUUUUUGACAGAAGAAAUCAUGAUGUGUGAAAAUGGUAAAAAAAAUCUUUUAUCUUUAUAAACCAUUUUCUACUUGAGAACUGUCAAUUAUGAAAACUAUUGUAAUGUGCAAAAAUAAAUGAAUUAAUUGUAAAGACAAGAAACAUCAAGAUCUCAUAGAAACAGAAUGUUAGCUGGUUUGUAGCUAUGGCAGAAUAAUGUUGAUGUAAGUCAUUGGAGGCUUGUGCUUCUUUCAAAAGGAAUUUUUUUAUGACAGGGAUUAGAAUUUGUUGCUCAAUGGAAUUACCAGUUUGAUGAUUAAUUUGUGUUUCUGACAUCACCUUUAAUCUGGUUAAAAGUUUUUUUAAUCAGUCAAAAUUUUAUCUUUGAAUGAGCCUUUAAUUAUUUCUGAUAUUUUUUACCAAAUGUUGAAUGACUUUUAAUUUAGCUUUCAGACUGUUUUAACUUUAUGGUGCAAUAUUGUACAAUGUUUGGGGGAAAAUGUGCUGAAAUAGGGCUUAAGUUAUUGAAAAAUUGGAUGAAUUUCAUGUAAUGUUUCUUUUGAAAUAUUAACAAAAAAACAGCAGUAAUUAUAGAAAGAUAGUUAAAUAAGAUAAUUGUGAUUUUGUUUUUGUUUUUCAUUAUAAAAAUAGAAUACUUUAAAUUUUCUGAUAUCAGUUGUUUUAGAACAAUAUUUAUUGAUAGAAAAAAUCAGUCAAAAAUGGGAUUUGAAAGAUAGAACAUACACAAGAGUCAAGGUUUCACCAGACUUAACCUGGCAUCAUCAUGAUGUUACUGGGUUAACUAUAGAUAAACAUUGACAUCUGUAUAUGUAUUUCCUUUCCUAUCCCAUUUUUAGCUGUUUUGUGUUUUACUCAUUUUCAAAAUGUUAUAUGAUAUAUCCAGAAUUUCAAAUAUGUCUAUUUGUAUUAAUUUAUUUAUACAUUAAUCUAUAAAUUCUGUAAUAAACAGACAUGUAAAGGUUAUGUGGGUAGUGAAAUAGACAUAAUAUUUUGUAAGAUUUUUAUAGUUGUUCCCAUAAAUUGUGUUUAAAAAAAUAUUCAUAAGAUUAUUUUGACAAUAGAAUCAGUUUUAAAAGCUAGCUAUUGUAAUGAUUGUGUAGUUGUUGUACAUACAAUUGUUAGAAGUUAAUUAUUCUAAUGGUUGUAUGGUUUGUGCUACAAUGCAUGUUUAAAAGACUACAUAUUAUAAAGGUUAUACAGCUGGAGCUGUAUACACAGUUUGUGACAUAAGUGCAUUGGUAAAAAGUUCAGCUUUAUAGAUUAUAAUGUGGUUCAAUAGAUGUAUCUUAACAAUUAUGUGUUAUGCAGGUUUAUUGUUGAUGCAAUAUGUGAAAUUCUUUUAAAAGAAAAAUUUAUAAACAUAACACAAAAGUUAAAUAAUUAACCUUGUAAGAAAAGCUAAUAUUUUGUUUCCCAAAAAAAAUCUUAAUUAUCUUGUUUGUUCCCUUUGUUAAGUGAGUUUCUUAAGCAUUUCUUUAUUAUCAUUGAUAUACAAAAUGUAUUUUGAAAUGGUAUUUUUUAAAACUUGUCCUACUUUGUACUAAUUUUAGAGGUUCAUGUUCCAAGCUGGAUGUGCUUGUUACUUCAACUUGAAAUAACAAAAUGGCCAUUGUGUUACUAUGUGUAUGGAAGGUGAUCAAACUUACAAAGUCAUAGUUUACAAUUACUAAAGAAACACAUAUCCAAAACUUUUACUGUGCUUUAAAAUCAUGUAAACUCCACUGACAAGUGUUAACUUCAUGGUUCUUUUGUUAACAUUCUGUUUAAUCCAUGUUCAUGUCAGAGUACAGAUACUUUGGUAAUUUAGUUAUUUUUUUAAAAGCAUCAUGAUCAUGAGGAGUAUUAUAAUUCUGCUGAAUGUUGAAAAUGGUAAAAUAAUCUAUCAGAGUUACGAUUUCAAUACUUAUCAUGUGCAUUACCUUGCUCUUAAUUACAUAAGACCUUAUAUUACACAAUCUUUUUAAACAAGAAGGUUUAUACUGGUUUAUUUGUUCAUAGAGGGUUUCAUGAGUUUAAAAAAUGUACAAUAUGAUUUUUUUUAAUUCUGGUUUUACAUAUUUUGCAUCUUCAUAUUGUUUAUAAUGUGAAAUCUGUGAAAUUUCCUUGUAUUUGUUUUUAACCAUUUCUAUAAGGAACCUAGUUGUCAUGCACGUGGUCUACUGAAGAAGUUUUUUAAAUAAUUUUAUUUCAAAAAAUGGCCAUGAUUGUAGAAAUGUUUGAUGUUUUAAAUAUACCAUUAUUAAUGAGUGAAGUUUUUAACAUAUUUCACCUAAGAAGUUGCUACACCACCUUGAAACUACUGAGAUAAAGCAUAUUCAGUAUUAUUUCAUAUCUUAAUAGUACAGCCAAUAAUGAUGUGCAAACUAAACAAUCUUAAUAACUACUGUAAAUACAUUUGAUCAUAGGAUUACCUGAAGUUACAAGAACAUCAAGUGAUAUAAAAAUACUUGUUGUCCAGGCUAGAUUAAUUUAAUUCUAAAUUUACAGUAGGAUUGUGUU